AUGCACAGAAUCCACUAUAUUGACCUCAAACCCCUUCCCCAGAUUGAAAACCAGGAAAAGAGCAAGAAAAGAAAAAAAGUGCAAAUCAUACGAACAAAUGGAGCCCACAGCUCUGGGGAGGAGGAAGGAGAAGAGAGAGGAAAUUUCCACGCAGCCCCGAAGCGAAUCACGCUGCGAUCCCCGCGCCCGGCCUCCCCGCACGGCCGGUGGGAGCGGGGCGGGCGCCCGGCGGGGGAGGCCCGGCGGCUCCGGGCGCAGCACCCGGCCCGGCCCGGCCCCUGCCCCGCGCCCCCGGCCCGUGAGGCGCCACCCCGCGCCCUGCCCGCCCGCCCGGCCCGGGCCAUUCCUCGCGCCGCCCCGGCCCGGCGCGUCCCCCCGCCGCCAGGGCCGGCCCGGGGGGGUGGGCUGAGGCCUGCGCCGUCCCGGCGAAGCCUCGGCGCUCUGGUAGGCAGAGCGGCUCGGCUCCCCCCCCUCCUCCUCCUCCUCCUCGCCUCUCCCUCCUUCCUUCCCCGGCCCGGCCUUCGGCUCGCACUCACCCGCCUUCCUCGUCCCUGCCCGGCCCGCGGAGCGUGUGCGCGGCUCUCCCUGCGCGGCACUGCCCGACGGCGGCGGCGGUGGCGGCCGGGCCGGCGGGGGCGGGCGGUGGGUGAGCGUGCGGGGAAGGAGGAGAGGGGAGAAGGAGGAGGAGAAGGGUGGGGAGGGAAGGCGAGAGAAGGCGACGAGAAACGCGGGGAGAAAACCGCAGCGGCGCUCCCGGGGCGGGACCUGUGGCGGCGGGUCGGCCGGGCGCUCGGGCGGCUGCUCCGACGACCUUUAGGCGAGAGACGCGGAAUCUCCGAGCUCGGGGCGCUCCGCUGCCAGCCCGGCCACCAUCUUACAUUAGGGAGACUUGCCCUGGACGCCGCCUCUCCUGCGCUUGCGCCGCCGGCAGUGGGCGGUGAGCAACGGCGGGGGGCGGCCGCGGGACGGAGAGCGACGGCGACGGCGCGGGGCGCGAUGGGAGUUGUAGGCGGCUCCGCCGGGACGAGCGCGGACCGUUCGCUGCCGCCGCCGGGGAGAGUCGGAGAGUCCCGGGCCGGUACUGCGGCACGUCCCCCCGCUGCUCCGUACGGACAAGGCACCGGGCCGGGUAUCACGGCUCCGCUCGAAGCAGAAAGCGGCGACACGGGAACUGGUCUGGAAAGACUCCCUAAGAAAUCAUAGCCAUAUCCAGAAGGAAAACUUUUCAGAGCCUGUUUUUGUGGAAAUAGCCUUGUAUAUCAGGCAGAAAGACAAAUGCUUUGGAUCGUGCUUUUCUCGAUUAUUUUGGCUGAGGCGGAUGCUUUUUCCCACAUUUGCCAUCUGCCAGGAUAAAACAACGUCAAGGUAAGCCACCCAAAAUGCACCAUCAAAUCUUCCUUAAAAAUAAGGCCACCUCAUUUUCAGGUGUUUUACAUAGCUUAGUGUCUUUGUGUAGUUAUGUUCUAAAUACACAUACUAGCAAACCUUUUCUCAGAGUCUUAGAAUGUCAGUACCUCAGGCUUCUCUUGGGCCGGACUUCACCGCAACUUCUUGUCUCUGCAGACAGACUAUGCAUUAAAUAAAAGAGUGAGAUGCGUAAAAAAAAAGAA